CCGGCUUCUUUGCCGCGUCUCCAUCGGUGUCCGUCGUCAUCCAUGCACAGUGUGUGGCGUAUAAUGUUGUUAUCAUUGCUAUAAAUCGAACUUCUGUCGUGGACAAUAUUCGACACUGAUUUUGUACUUCGUAUUGUCACGUGCGUUGCGGACGGAAACUAUUUGGAUAUAUGGACCGAGGAAUAUUCACUCCAGUCACCUAAUGGCCAACAACCUAAUGGAGAUAACUUGGACACCGUCCAUGAAAAACAAACUAAAAUAAAAAAAAAAAACAUUACUUUUCGUUGAAUGAGCUSGUCACAGAAAAUUUAUAUCAUCAAUGUCAAUGUCUGGAUGUAUCAGGGUAUCCCGGACGGGAGUCCGAAAUGAUAGCUCUGUGCAGACUCAUCAACAACAGUAUGCCCAGAUAAUUAAGGUAUAUACAGAUUGGGCAAAUCAUUACUUAGAUAAAGCCAAAUCAAAGAAAAACAUUAAAGAUCUGCAACUAGAUUUAGCUGACGGUGUUCUGCUUUCAGAUCUUGUCGAAACAAUUUGCAAUCAUCGGUUGCCGGACGUGAACAGGAAACCAAGGACCCAUUUACAAAUGUUGGGWAAUAUCAAGAGUUGUUUAGACCUUUUGGAGACACUGGGUGUAGCUUUGGAUGGUAUAACAGCCCAUGACGUCAAGGAAGGUAACUUGAAAGCCAUAUUGGGUUUAUUCUUUGCUCUUUCAAAGUACAAACAGAAACAGAAACAACAACAGAAAUCUGAAGGCCCCAAGUCGAGAAUACCUACAGAUAUGAAGCAAUCAAGGCUUCCUGGACCCACCCUACACUCGGGCAGUAUUACGAGUAUACCGACCCCGUUCGCUCAGAGAUUUCAUCAAUUGCAAAAUACACCUGCCGUCAACAGUCCAUACACUGGAAUCAAGUGUACAUCAAACAGUAGUUCCAGAUCAACUAGUCCUCACACGUUUAUACCAUCACCAAAAAAUAUCAUUAGAACACCAGUUGCCUCACCUAAAAAUACAAAUCAAAAAAAUGGAAUGUCUGUUAAAACUAACAUUGCUAGCCCAUAYAGUUCAGCCCAAAAAAACAGCGCAUUGUUGGAAAAGUUAAAAGCUUCUAAUCAAAAGGAAAAAUCCAACAAACAAGUUAUCAGUAGUACUAAAAGAACUUCCAGCUCUAGUGGUUUUAGUUCUGCUCGUUCAGAACGUAGUGAUUCAUCAAAUAGUCUUUCAAAUGAACCAAAAACAGUGCCUAGUCUAGAUAAAAAAGAAAAUUUGAUAGAAGUGCCAAAACCAGUAUUAAGAAAAAAAAUUGUAAGGCCACCUGUUCCAUCUGAGUCACGUCUUUCUAAAAUUAGUAUUAAAUCAUCUACACCUCCUAAAUCUGAAAGUCAACAAAGAAAAAGUUUAGAGAUAUUAAAUUCAGAUAAAGAAGAUUUAAAUAGUUCAUCCACAAUGGAAUUAUCCCAAAGUCAAUCUAGACUCAGCGGUACUGGAAUCCCAAAACCAGUAGCCACUGUCAAAGGAAYGAMAAAACCCACACACUGUGUAGCUCCAAUGCAACAGAUAAAUUCAGAACUUAAAAAAGUUGAUGACCCAUUAGAAAAAAAUAAUGUUAAACCACUUGAUAUAUGUAAUGAACCUAAAAAAUCUGAAAAUACUUCUAGUUUGAUUCUGAACGAAUCAAAACAUGACAAGCAAAGCUCGUUUACAGAAGAAGAUGAUCCAGCAUUGAAUGUAAAGCCAAUGGAACCGUUAUUAAGAGGAUAUAAAAGAUCUAUUAUUGUACCCCAGCACAGGACUAUACCAUCAGAUUUAGGAUUAACUCAAAAUAACUGUAUGAAUGGUAAUUUUCAAGAAAAACGCAUUUCUGCAGAUUCUGAUUAUGGACAACAAUCUUCAGGUUAUGUAUCGGAUGGUGAUGUUCUUCAGUAUGAUAUUCAAUCUCGACAAAUUCUAGUUACAGAUCCAGGUUACAUAUCUGAAGGUCCAGUAUACAAUGAUUCAAAUAAUAGAAAUAUUUCAAAUGAUGGACUCGAUGCAAAUAUAAAUGAUUCAAAUAAUCAAUUGGCAAUCAAACAACAAAUCAAGCUGAACCGAUUCAACGUGGGCCCAGACGGGGGCUCGUCAAGUCUUGGUCCUGAUGUUAGUCCUCCAACUAGCCCUCCAGAACCUACACCUGUAGCCCCUGUUUACAAAGUGGUUACACGUAACCAUGUCAAGAAGUCAGACAGCGGACAGCAAACCGAGUUAAAUAAUUCAAGCCUAAGACAAUCUUCACAAUGGAAAAAGUACAUUGAAGCUGGAAAAAAUGCAGAACAAAUUAGAUCAAAUGAUUUUGAAAGAGUACGUGACAAACAAAGUCCAAGACGAACCGAUAAAAAACGAUCAACUGAUGGAUCUCGUGAGGACUUACAUAACAUGGACUAUAUGGAAAGAAAGUCGAGAAGUGACAAAACUAAAGCUCGAGGUAGUGUACCUCAAAGCUUUGGUUAUGUUAAACGAUCCACGUCCAGCUCUAAUGGUAAAGGUGACCCAAGAACAGCUCAAGUUUCAGCCGUUCCUAGGACUAAAGUGAAAGUUUCUGGUGGUACUCAAACUGAUAUGAAGACAUACUCAGUAAGUGGCCCUAGUGCUACUCAACUAUCACAGAGUGUCAGGGAACGACUUAUGGCUAAUCAGUCUGAACAAGAAGCUAAAAUUGGCAGCCCUUAUGGAACAUGGAUGAGACACAGUCCUGUGCCACCUCACUAUACAGCUUCUCUGCCUUCUAGGACUGGUGCUAUAGGAGGUAUGAUUGAAGCUGAGAGCAUUGAAUCACUUCCUGCACAACUACAUCAUAGAGCAAGUUUAACCCAUUCACGGCUWAUGACUUCUGCAUCUCCAAAUACUAGUCCAUCACCUAGCCAGGCAAAUAGAAUAUCWAGGAGCAACAGCAUCAGCUACCUAAGAGAUCGGACAUUUCCAAGAUCAACAAAGUCAGAAAAACUAUAUCCAUCUAUGUUACAACGUUCGGAUGACCCAGAUUCAUACUACAGUAUACCUUAUGCAUCUUCCAAUCGGUCUGAUCAUCGCACUUAUCCCCAUGCCUCACAACCAACUAGCCCAACACCAGUUAGUCGCUAUAAUUAUCAAUCUCCUCAACCGAACCAUAGAUCAGUAAUUUCAUCACCAUAUGCAGCUUCUAUAAUGAGUAAAAUCAAUACAAAAGAUGAUGAUACUCAUGGAUCAGCUUUGAGUCUGAUAUCAACGGGAUCAUCAUCUUUGUAUAGUGGAAUGGGAGCAGAUGAAAAACAUGCACAAGAAGUUAGGCGCUUGAGAAGAGAUUUAAGUGAAGCACAAGAUAAAGUUCAUACAUUGACGAGCCAAUUAUCAACAAAUGCUCACGUGGUGUCUGCAUUCGAGCAGUCUUUAUCGAACAUGACUCAGAGGCUGCAACAGUUGACCGCCACGGCCGAGAAAAAGGAUCACGAGCUGCACGAACUGCGUCAAACCGUCGAGAUGUUGAGGAAACAAGGCGCCACCGAUUCGGGAAACCAUGCGAACGGCGGCGGCAACAACCACCAAAGGCGGCACACUAUCAAUUCCGUCGCCGAUUCUAGUACUGGUAAUAACAUUUCACGUCAACUGUCGACAGAUUCGGUUUCGAGUUUGAAUUCCCUGUCGUCGGCGUGCAGCGCGUCCAGUUCGGCACAGCAGUCCGAGGCCGACAAGAAGAAGAAAAGAGGAUGGGUACGACCAAACAUAUCCCUGCGCAGCUCGUUUAGCAAGGCGUUCUCACGAUCCAAAAAGAAUCGYAGCAACUCGUUAUCAGAUGCCGAAGAGGCGCACAUCGCCCGAAACCAUCAGAGCGCUUUUCUAUCUGACAUGUCUGCACCGUCAUCGCCGAUGCUCAACACUCCACAUGCGAACGGACUGGGAUUCAAGAACAGCCAUUCGUCAACGACGUGCGUGUUCCGAAUUUUGUGUUAA